ACGCUUAUGAGAAAUUCGGAUCGUCGAGAGAAAUGAUUUAUCACGAAAUUGUCACUUCCGUGCUCGAUGAUCGGUACACGUGCGUUAAUAGAGUUUCAUGACACUUUUCUGAAUCAAAUUUGGACGCGGGCGCGGCCGUGGCCGCGCGCCCAAGUUCAGCAGGCACGGAGAUGCGAUAUCGGUAGCCAUAUUGGUUCAUAGGAAACAGACCGAAAGCAAUCGAGAGAAUUUAGAAUUUGCAACCGAUAAUAGAUAGGUGUAGUUUGUUUAUAAAGUUAAAGAAUCAAUCGAGUGGAAUGGAUCUCGAUAGUGUUCCUAGAAGACAUUGCUAACCGUUCGACUUCGAUCGAGAUGGCCGGUGACAAGCACGUCCCUUGUCCAGAAUUUCAAUUCUCGACAACAGCUUGUUAUAUCUGCAAUGGGUACUACGGCCCGUGUUUCGAAGAGCCAGUUUGUGCAACUUGUCACGCAUUUUUAUUCCCCAAUGAUAUUGGAUUAUUUCAAGUUCCAAUAUUUAGCGAGAAAACGGACGACGAGGAUUCUGGAAACGACGAACCGACUGACCUAUAUUACAAUCACGAACGAAGGACGAGCCAGCAACAACAAAAUUCUCCGCAGAAUGUGAAUUCCAAUAGCCAGAACGCAUCCAUCAACAACGUCAAUAGUUUUUCAAACGCCGAAUCGUACAGAGUCGAUUAUGGACAGAAUUUGGAACACGUGCAACAAUAUCAGCACUGUCAGGAUAACUGUAGGCAGUACGAGCAAGAAGUCGGAGAACCGUCUAGACCUUAUAAUUUGUCGGACAGAUUAGAAAUGUUGACGAAUCAUAAGCAUAUAGAGCACGAGCCCAUCAACGAACCCGGUCUCGUAGAAAGCUUACCACCGGAGGUCCUUUUGGCUGUUUUCUCCCAUCUAGACGACGUAAGUCUUUGGUCGGCUGCAAACGUCUGUCGCAGAUGGUGCGGCCUGUUGUCGACGCACGUAACGGCUCAACAAUGGCAGCAACACGUAAAAAUGCGUUGGCCGUUGUAUAGACCCAUUGGAUGCGUUAAAAAUUGGUACAAAGUGUACGAUCAGCUUGCUUCUUCUGCGCCGUGUAGAACGUGUUUGGCCCAAACGUCGUUACGAACGAGAGCCCCGAGAAUGGAAGAAUAUUACUGGAGGCGAAAUAGACUGCUCAGCGAACUGAAAAGCUUAAGAAUGGAUCCUCCAGAAGGUAUAGAAGCUACGCCUUUGGAUCAAAUGUGUUGUCAUUGGCAGGCUACGAUUACCGGACCCGUGGGUAGUCCGUACGAGGGUGGAUUGUUUUAUUUGUAUUUACAAGUACCAUAUAGUUAUCCGAUGUGUCCGCCCGUCGUAAGAUUUCUCACAAAGAUCUUACAUCCGAAUGUUUCGAGACACGGAGACGUUGGCAUAGACUCUAUACAUCACAAUUGGUCCUUGGCUCUUACUAUAUCGAAGGUGCUUAUAAGCGUGCAAAGUUUACUCACGGAUCCAUAUUGCCAGGUAUGUAUGGAGCCAGAAUUAGGGGAAAUGUAUAUGAACGACCGUGAAAGAUUCGAAGAAGUAGCCAGAGCGUGGACGUGGAGGUACGCGAUGCACGACGUUAUAACGCCAUCUUAGUAUAUCAAAGAAUAAAAUAUUAUCUACAUUGUCAUUGGUAAAAGACCGACGGAUCAUCGAUCGAGAGAUCGUACGUCGACGAAACGUGCUACUCUCAAGAGGAUUCUCCAUUUUACUCCGGCAACCUGAAAAGAACGAUCUCGAUGGCAUCUCUACGACUGACCAAAACCACGGAACAAAAAUCGCACAGCCGUUGGCUGGAUCCUUCGCCGAACACCCAGCUAGAGUCGAAAGUUGGAAGGAUCGACGCUAGCUACCCCUUUAUCGCUCCCUCUCUCUCCCUUCCCCAUUCCCUUGAUAUCUUUUCAUUUUCCUAGUCAUAAACCAACAGCCGACGUUCCUAAGGUCAGUGGUGCGUUUCACGAGCAGAUCCGAGUGCAACGGCAUAAUUAGUGAAGGAUUCUUAGGGAGUCCCUCUCUCUCUCUCUCUUGCUCUUUCGCUAGCUAAACUCGAGCAUCUUCCUCUUUCGGUAAAGCGGACGAUAGUCUCGAGAAGAUCGAACCGAGAGAGCUCUAGCCCGAGUCAAGGUGGGUGGUCCGCGCACGGAGCCUGCGGGCUCUCUCUCUCCCUACCUCGAAUACCUUCUUCUCCGUCGUACACACGGGGGUCCUCCUGCCGUUCUUGGCUACGUGUGUGGCCGACACCAGCAUCCUUCUCUUUCUUGCUCCCUUUUCUUCUGCCUACCACCUAUCUUCUUUCCUUCCUUUUCCGCCCUCUCUCUCGCACAAACGCACACUAGCGCGCGCUACCCCGAUCCUCUCCGGUGUGUGCGUGCGUGCGUGCGUGCGUGCGCGUGCGCGCGCGCUGUGCGAGGGGGAGAGAGAGAGAGUCCUCUACCAAACGCACCGAGAGCAGCAAUACCUUACCUGCUUACGAAGGUCCUUCGUCGCGUUGGAGGAGGCCGACGAAAAACGAACGAACGCCAUGAAUUUUACGAUACGAUACGUAAGCUCUCAAGAGCUUAGAGAAACUUUCGAAUCUGUUCGUUCGUCUCGCUCGCAAAAAUCGUGAAAGAGGGCGGCCGAGUCACGAUACUCUCUCUCUCUCUCUCUCCCGGAUUCGUUCUCGUAAAUUUCCAAGUACCGCGUUGCUAGAAAAGAGACACUCGCGUCUGCAUUGUCAUCGCAAAUAAUAACAACGAGUUUGCGGUAGAGAAAGAUGAGAAAAUGGAAAUGUCGAUUGGAAGGUAGCUCUAGGGCAAAAGAAAGGUAUGUUCGAAUCUUAGAAAUCCCUGGACCAUAUUACUUCCACGCUAAUUACUUCCACGUCUCGUAAAUAUCGUUUACUCUCGAUAAUUAUAGCGCCGGCGGGCGAGGUUCGUGCAAAAUAUCUCCCUCGUAAAUAUCGGUCUUACUCUUAAUUAUAAUCGCGAGAGCGCUCGUUAACGAGCCGAGCUCUAGCAACGAUAUUAUACUUUAUCGUCCGUUUGUUGGAGCAGUUCGAAAACUUCUUUAAUCGCAGAGAGUGGUCGGCGCUGCGCUACCGGGAGGACCGUUUCGCGUCGUUUUCGUUCGAGAAACACACCAAAGUAUCGCGAUGAUGUGUUCAGGUAGAGCUUACACCAGCUAUACGAUAUCCAAGUCUGCUAAAAGAAACCAACGUGUGUGGCCAAGUGGUCGAGAGCACCACGCUGGAUCCGUAUAGUUGGUCCACAAUAACAGCUGAUGCUCAAUAGAAACCCAUAGCCCUUCACCUCCGAGUCUCCUCCGCUCUCGAUCUCCUUCCUUUCUCCCCUACCUCUUUCUCUUUCUCUUCCUCUUCCUCCUUCCUCGGCAU